AUGGCCACCAACGGCACUCCCUCGCCCUUCGUGACGCUCGUCUCGUCCGAUGGCUUCGAAUUCCAUCUCCGUCGCUCCGCCGCCUGCGUGUCCCCUACGCUGAGGCGUAUGCUUGACUUGCAGAAUAACUUUGCCGAAGCGCAGACGGGGAUCUGCCACCUGGAGAACAUCAGCGCGAGCGUCCUCGAAAAAGUCGUCGAGUACUUUUACUACAACGAGAAAUACCGAGACAGCGAGGGCGUCCCGGAUAUGGACAUUCCCCCCGAGCUGUGCCUGGAGCUUCUGAUGGCGGCUGAUUUCCUGAUGUUGACGACAUGA